AUGGCCUCAAAUCCCCCCGAUGGCGGCGCCGAUGAACCAAAUCAAGACGGCGAGGAUUUGGAGAUAGACCACGGGUAUGACACUGAGGACUCGGGCUUCGAGCAAGACUCUGUCUUGACGGAAUCAGUUCGUUCGAGUAUAUAUCAAUACAAGGUCGAGAAUGGCCGGACGUACCAUGCAUAUAAAGAAGGCCAGUACUUCAUGCCCAACGACUCUGCCGAGCACGAGCGACUGGAGUUGCAACACCGCGCAAUGUUUCUCGCUGCCGGCGGCCAGCUCUUCUAUGCACCUGUCAAGCGGCUCCAGAACGUCCUGGACUUGGGCACCGGCAUUGGAACAUGGGCCAUCGAUGUGGCCGACGCCCACCCAGAGGCCAUCGUGGUAGGUGUCGACUUGAGUCCGAUUCAGCCGACAGUCGCGCCGCCAAACACCAAGUGGGAGAUCGAUGAUGUCGAGGAUGACUGGACAUGGCCACCAAACCACUUCGAUCUCAUAUACAGCCAGUUCAUGCUCAGCGGGAGUAUCGCGGAUUUCCCAAAGUAUUUCCGACAGGCUUUCAGGCCCGGUGGCUACUUCGAGCUUCACGAUCUGGCCACAUACCUUCGAAGCGACCACGCUCCGAUUAGUCCAGACAACGCCGUUGACGAGUGGUGUCGUCUGAUGCGACAAGGCAUCACCGGCAUGGGGCGUCGGCUUGACCUGAACUUCGAGGCAUUGGGAAACAUGAUGCGUGAGGUUGGCUUUGUUGACGUGGUUGUCCGACCGUUCAAGAUCCCCAUCGGACGAUGGCCGGCCGAUGCGAGACUGAAGGAGGCAGGGCUGUUUCAACUGUACGCAAUGCUGGAGGGCGUCGAGGCACUGACUCUUGCCAUCUUCACGCGCUGUCUGGGCUGGGAGCCAGAACGUGUCCAGGUGUUCCUCGCUGAUGUGAGGAAAGAGUUCAAGAAGACGAAACGAUAUACUUACUGGCCUUGUGCCGUGAUAUAUGGCAGGAAACCUGAAGGGGGGGUGUCCUCAACAGGCUCUGCGACAUAA